CAACCGAUGCGCUGCGUCCACGGCAGCCUCGCGUCAGCACUUCAACAACAGCCGCUCACAUCUCAAACUUGUCAGACUUUGCAUGACGGCCGAUUUCAAAGCAUGGAAUCGGACGCGGAUUGUUGUCAUUUUGGAUGAAAUCACGGUCUGCUGAAGAUAACCCCGCCUUGUGACACCUUGCGAACCGACACCGGCUUUCUCGCUCAUCGCACUGUUGUUCGUUCAUUUACGGAUUUCAGGGCUACUGCUGUGUAAUAUGAUGGUGCGUCCGUGUCUUGCGCGCCGGGCUCUGGGCUGAACGCAUGCACGAGCGCGGAACAUGGGUAGAUAGCGCGUUUCUCUUUUUUUGCGUUUCUCAGUGCAAUCAGCGCCUUUCUAAAUGGAUGAGGAAAUAGACAACCGCAAGAACAACAACAGCUUCCUUCGCGACCACAACUAUGCAACUGAAGCUGACAUCAUAUCCACAGUUGAGUUCAACUCGACAGGAGAACUCCUGGCCACUGGGGACAAAGGUGGACGAGUGGUGGUCUUCCAGAGGGAACAGGAGAGUAAGAACCAGCCUCACCGUCGGGGGGAGUACAAUGUUUACAGCACCUUUCAGAGCCACGAGCCCGAGUUUGACUACUUGAAAAGCCUGGAGAUUGAGGAGAAGAUCAACAAAAUCCGCUGGCUGCCACAACAGAAUGCCGCUUAUUUUCUCCUGUCCACCAAUGAUAAAACUGUGAAGCUAUGGAAAAUCAGCGAACGAGACAAACGACCAGAGGGCUACAAUCUGAAGGAUGAAGAAGGCAGGAUACGCGACCCAACCACCAUCACAUCUCUGAGGGUGCCUGUGUUGAGGCCCAUGGACUUGAUGGUGGAGGCAACACCACGUCGCAUUUUUUCUAAUGCUCACACCUAUCACAUUAACUCCAUCUCAGUCAACAGCGACCAUGAGACGUACAUGUCCACGGAUGAUCUGAGGAUCAACCUAUGGAACCUGGAGAUCACUAACCGAAGCUUUAAUAUUGUGGACAUAAAGCCUGCCAACAUGGAAGAAUUGACCGAGGUGAUCACAGCGGCUGAGUUUCACCCUAACCAGUGCAACACGUUUGUCUACAGUAGCAGUAAGGGCUCCAUAAGAUUGUGUGACAUGAGAACCUCCGCACUUUGUGACAACCAUUCUAAAUUAUUUGAGGAACCAGAAGACCCCAGUAAUCGCUCCUUCUUCUCAGAGAUCAUCUCCUCCAUCUCAGAUGUGAAAUUCAGCCACAGUGGACGCUACUUGAUGACCCGUGACUACCUCACAGUGAAGGUGUGGGACAUCAACAUGGAGAGCAAGCCUUUGGAAACUUAUCAGGUCCAUGACUACCUUAGGAGUAAACUGUGCUCACUGUACGAGAAUGACUGCAUCUUCGACAAGUUUGAAUGUGUCUGGAAUGGAACUGACAGUGUCCUAAUGACAGGCUCCUACAACAAUUUCUUCCGUAUGUUCGAUCGAAACACUAAGCGCGAUGUGACUCUGGAGGCCUCGCGGGAAAACAGCAAACCCAGAGCCAUCCUCAAGCCACGCAAAGUUUGUGUUGGUGGCAAGCGUCGUAAAGAUGAAAUCAGUGUGGACAGUCUGGACUUCAGUAAGAAGAUCCUACACACUGCAUGGCACCCAAACGAGAACAUCAUCGCUGUGGCUGCCACCAACAACCUCUAUAUAUUUCAGGACAAGGUCAACUAGCAUGUAGCUCUGAUGUCUCCAGUUAUCACAUCAACAAGAGGCAUUAUUUUUGUAGAUGUACUGGGGUGGAAAGGUUGGACUCACUAGCAGUGAACCUGUGAGGAACAUCUAGAUGAGCUUUGCCUUCUACAGCAGAUUUGAUACAGCACUGGAUAUAACUAAUCUUGCACUGCAACCACGGACAAUUACACUAGCUGUUAAACUGCUUUUGUUUUUUAAUUUCUUCAAAUCUCCCUCACUAUAGGUUUAUUGGUAAUGCACAGCAAUAUUGAGAGGAUCCUUUGACCUUUAAUGUCAUUAAAGGCCCUUUCACACGACUCAUGUCAGGGCUUGAGCACAUCUCUCUAGCACCAUUUGACCUCCAUGAGAACAUGCCAUCAUGGAAGAUUCUUGCUAUGUUGGAAGAAAUUGGGAAAUUUACUGAGUGAAAAUAAAGCAAAGAAAAAUGUAUUUGAGCUUAGAGCAGAAAAAAAGCAGGACGCUGAUUGCUUUGAGAGAAAAAAAUAGAAUGUGUUUCUUUGAAUGUCAUGAUAUGCCUUUGAAGUUGAGCAAAGGCACAGCCUCGUGCAUUUUGCUUAGAUUUUUGUGCUGGCAUCUCUCAUGUAACUUCAUGCAAACUUGGUAAUCACUGGAUGCGUUUUGAAAGCUCAAUGAAAAGCCAAGUCAAAUUUGACAUUGAAUGCUAAAAAUAUUUGCUAAAAUAUUUUAAUUUCAUGCUGUUGUGUGCAAUGCAUUGAAGAGUCAUGUGAAAGGACCUUAAGAUAAUGAAAGGAAAUUUUUCAAUGGAGUCAGUAUUCAGCCUAUAUCUGAUUCUUGCUUCUUGGCAGGACAAUGGAUGUGGAUGUCUUUGAUAACUACAUAUGUUGUUGUGGCUGUUGUGGCCGUGAGGUAUCCAACUUUUCAGCUUCUGAAUUCUCAUUUCCCAUUUUACUUCAUGAAGGUGCAUGCAUCAUUUCAAAACCCAGCUUAUGGGUUGAUUGAUGCAAUUAAAACCGGAAUGGUGUAAAAUUGAAGUAAACAAUGUAGCGAAUUUACUAAUGUUCAGUUUUUUGUUCUAAUUUUAUAAAGGAAAGUGUGUGUGUGUGUGGGGG